UGUUUCACUCAUUCCGGUAAAAGUCGGUUCCAUGAACAACAGCAACACAAAUACAAUGUUUACCGAAACCAACACUGACAGCGGUAUUCCAGCGCUUGCUUGAAUGUGAUACAUUUUUUUACAUCCAAUUUCUUCGAAAAUCAAAUAAAUCCUAAAACAAAAUGUAUUGUCAAAUAAAUGGAUGAUAUAAAAGCGAGAAAAAAAUAAUUUAAAAAUAUUAAAUUUGUGCUGCGAAAACGUAAAAAACAUUUCAAAUAUCGACGAUUUGAAAACGCCGUUUGAGCACAACCAUUGAACGCAUCCAUCGGUCUGUCAUUGAAAUUUCAUUGGAACUGUCACUUUCGUCUAGCAUUUUUAUGCCAGAUUACCGCCAACCGUUCACGAAAUAACAACUGAAAUCGAAUGCAAUCGGUGUGAAUAAAAUCGCUGUGCACUGACAGAAACAUUGGUCAAUUUGGUCAAAAUGGUAACUCCCGGCGUAGAUGCUUGUGCAUAUUGCAAAACUACCCAAAAUUUGGACAGAUUGAACAACAAUGAGUUGCUAGAGAUGAUGAGACAGCACAAGCCGGACUACGGUCGAACCACAAGAUUCUGUGGUAAUUGCAAAAGGCGUGCACUUGCCAAACUGAAUCGACGAAAACGAAAUGCAGCCAUCGCUGCAAAGAAAGCAACACGAAGCGCUGGAGAACAGACGACAUCAUAUUCAAAUGCAUCGCGUCCAUUCUUGAGUAAUUCAUCGAGCAGUGGAUCGACAAGCAAACGACGUCGUGAAGAAGCUGGCCCAAGUCGAAAUGUUGCUAAGCGUACGGGUGGCCCACCAGCUCGACGUGAUAAUGACGACGAUGACGAUGAUGACGACGACGAUGGCAACAAUGCAAUGAUACCAAUAUUCCAAGUGCCAACAAGCCACCAUACAAGCAAUGCAAGCAACCGUUCAUCGUCGAGCAGUCAGCGAACAAACAGUCAACGCAACAACAGAUCAAACGGUUCAGCAGCAGCAGCAGCAAACUUUGACUACGCCAAUGACUCUGACGAUGGUCAAAAUGGAGCUAAUGGUGGUAGUGCUAGUCAAUCAGCAAGUCAAUCAAGCGGUAGCAUGCAAACAGCACCCAUGCCACGGAACCGAGGCCAACGAACGGUGACGCCACGUCAGCUAACACCCGAACGUGCUCGAAAUAUGGAUCCACAAGAAUUGUCGCAAACCUUCCAAACGUUCAAUCGGGGCUCUGGUGGCUAACCAAUUCCACUUUAGUUAAACUCAUUCCCACCUGAUUACGCUAAGUACAAAGUGACUGAUAUAUGUAUAUGUAAUGUUGAUUUGUUAUCACUGAUUUCAUAAGUCGUUAAAAUCUAAAUCAUCUUGUUAGGAAAAUUCAUAAAUUCUAUUCUUUCUAUGAAAAAUAGCAAUAAGCCUGUUCAGAAACAGAGUGGAAAGUCUGUUGAACGUAGAAAAACGACAACAGACAUAUCAUUUUUAAAUGCGCUAAUCAAGAGAAACGUUCGUACUGAGUGAAA